ACUUCCGUUUCCGUACAGACCACAAGGAGCAAAAAUACCAUGGCGAAGGCCGGGGAAAAGAGCGGCGGCAGCGGAAACAAAGGCUUGAAACGCAAAGCUGCUACUGAAGAACCUCAGGAGGCUGCAGUCGCUGAGGAUGGGACGACGGAAAGUGGGGUCCAACCCUCGAAGGCGGCUGCCUUUCCUCCAGGCUUCAGCGUUUCGGAGAUUAAGAACAAACAGCGGCGACACUUAAUGUUCACGCGGUGGAAACAGCAGCAGCGGAAAGAAAAGUUGGCAGCUAAGAAAAAACUUAAAAAAGAGAGAGAGGCUCUUGGUGAUAAGGCUCCACCAAAGCCUAUACCGAAGACCAUUGACAACCAGCGAGUGUAUGAUGAAACCACAGUAGACCCUAAUGAUGAAGAGGUUGCUUAUGAUGAAGCUACGGAUGAAUUUGCUUCUUACUUCAACAGACAAACUUCUCCCAAGAUUCUCAUCACUACAUCAGAUAGACCUCAUGGGAGAACAGUACGACUCUGUGAACAGCUCUCCACAGUUAUACCAAACUCACAUGUUUAUUACAGAAGAGGACUGGCUCUGAAAAAAAUUAUUCCACAGUGCAUCUCAAGAGAUUUCACAGACCUGAUUGUUAUUAAUGAAGAUCGUAAAAUACCAAAUGGAUUAAUUCUGAGUCACUUGCCAAAUGGCCCAACUGCUCAUUUUAAAAUGAGCAGUGUUCGUCUGCGUAAAGAAAUUAAGAGAAGAGGCAAGGACCCCACAGAACACAUACCUGAAAUAAUUUUAAACAAUUUUACAACACGGCUGGGUCAUUCUGUUGGACGUAUGUUUGCAUCUCUCUUUCCCCAUAAUCCUCAAUUCAUUGGAAGGCAGGUUGCCACAUUCCACAAUCAACGGGAUUAUAUCUUCUUCAGAUUUCACAGAUACAUAUUCAAGAGUGAAAAGAAAGUGGGAAUUCAGGAACUUGGACCACGUUUUACCUUAAAAUUAAGAUCUCUUCAGAAAGGAACCUUUGAUUCUAAAUAUGGAGAAUAUGAAUGGGUACAUAAGCCCCGGGAAAUGGAUACAAGUAGAAGAAAAUUCCAUUUAUAAAGUACUGAGGGGAUAGUAUUGGAUUGUGCUGAACAGGCCUAUCUUGAAUUUAUGAAAGAAGAACCUUUUCAAAAUGGCAUUUACUGAUUUCAUAAGCCUUCUGUCAUGUCUGGAUAAAGUACCAAGUGCCAUGAAUUGCCACUCACUAUUUAUGUAGCAAAUAAAAGGUCAUUUUGGUAAGAGUUUAUAAAUUCAAGUUUCCUAAAGCUUAAUUCUCUUAUUUUUAGGUAAUUGUUAAUAGUUGAAAUUGGGAUCAGCAUUCAAACUAACAUUCCUGUUUGUACUUUCAUGGAACAUGUGGGCUGGAGAGAAAUACAGUGCUUGGUAAAUACUGUGUAGCCCACUGUUUUCUAUCAGACUGAUCUUCAUAGUUUUAAUUCUGUUUCCCGAAAAUACAUAUAUUUGAGGGUGAGGUUUCUAGGCUGUUUAACAUUUCCUUAAGCCUUUCAAGAAGGGUAGAAAUUUUUAAAGCAAAGUGUUUUGCCAAGGACUAAAAGCAAAAGUUGCAAAUUAUUGAUGCUAAUCUUUGGUUCCCUUUUCCUUGGUACUUCUUUACCUCAUUACAUUGUACUGUAGUGCUCCACAGGAAUUACCUCGGGCUCUGAAAUUUUUCUCUUCCAUCUUGUAAUGAAAUUCUUAUAUAUCUAGUCUUUACUAUCCUUACUAGAAGAGCCAUGUGUUAUGAAGUAAACAACUUCUAGGUGUAAUGGUAAUACCCCACAAAGUAGUUCAUUAGAAAACAAAGUUAACCCUGUAAAUAACUCAUCAAUAGAAACUAGUAUUAUUAGCAGCCUCCUCCUGACCUUAAAAGAACAAAUUUGCAACUUACCUUUAAUUCUCUAACAGUCUUGCAAAUGUAUGGCAUAAAGUUAUGUGAGAUGAGUUGCUGGAACAAACACUAAAAAUUUUAACCCCUUAAAGAUGAUAGGAAAAUUGUCAUUUUGUUCUUAGGUGUUCAAAACAAAUUAAUAUUAUACAUAGUAUAUUUAAUACCAGUAAUUAAUCCAAAAACUUUUAUACUAAGUAUUUUAUUGUAUGCUGCCACCAGUGUAUAUAAAAUAAUUACCCUUGUGAAACAGAAAUUCAUGAAUAUUCAGAGAGGUAGACUGACAAAAGUAGAAGUUUGUAUAGUAUGGCACAUGUUAUAGAGACAGGCUUUUGUACAGGCUUCAGAUUUAGCUUUCCUUUGAAUAUUCACCGGUUUAUGAAAAGUGGUUUAAAAACCUGAAAUGAAAAAACAAAAAAAACAGUGAAUUAGGGUAAAGUAUCAUAAGAACAAUAGCUUUUUUUCUGAAUAGCUGUACAUCUUACAUUACAUUUAAGGUAUUCAUCUGAAUGUCAGCUUAUAAAAUGCUUUCAAUUAAACUAAGCCUGUUUAAAAAAGAAAAAAAAAAAACAGACAGACAUCACAGGGUUUCUAGGGAAAAAAAUGAGAAACAGGAUAGAAAAUGCCUGUGGUGUAAAAUGUAACUUUCUCUUAACCACUCUCAAGUAUAUAUAUAUAACUUAUGAUUUAUAACCACUCUCAAGUAUAUGUAACUUAGGGUUUAGAAAUAAACAGACUUAAAGUUUGACUUGCCAAUAUCAUUGCCAAAAUACACUCUGGAUCUGAAUUUUUAAAAAGGUUAAUAUAAAAAUCUCUGAAGUUGAGAAAUAUCUGAACACCUCUAGGAAAUGAGCAAUAGUAUCGAGGAGAGCAAGAUGCAAUCCCUUCUAUUUACCCACAUAAACCUAUAUACAAAGAGAAAUGUGUACAUGGAUAUUGACUAUAGUAAUGGUUUAACAGCAGAGGACUGGAAGUAGCCUAAAUGCAACUCAAUAAGCCAAUGGAUAAAUAAACUAAGGUUCAUACACAUGACAGAAUACUAUACAGCAAUUAAAACGACAAAAGAAUCUAUGGAUUAACACAAAUCUCAAAAGUAAUGCAGUAAUAUCUGUUCCUUAAAAAUAAUACCUAUGUUUUAAAACUAUAAAACAAUAAAUAUAUAUAAAAAGUAAAAACAGGGGCAUAACAACUUCAGGUUAAGUCAUCUAUAUGGAAAGUUAGGAAAAGUAUCUUUUAUUUCUUGAAAGUUGGGAACCCUGGCAGUCCAGUGGUUAGGACUUGGGGCUUUCACUGCCAAGGGCCAGGGUUCAAUCCCUGAUCUGGGAACUGAGAUCCCACAAGCCACACAGAGCAACCAAAAAAAAAAAAGGUAAACCAUUUAAUUCAGGAGAGUAGACACCUGGUUUUUUAUACUUAGUUAAAAAUUUCUGUUACUUCAUUACAAAAAUGUUCAAGAAGCAUAAACAAAAUCAGUGGUGAAAAAAACAAUGUGUAGCCUCAGUUAAUCAAUGCAAAUUACAAAAAUGAGAUAGGCAGAAGAAAGUAGCAAAGAAUCUGAGAUCUGUUUGGCAAGGGCUCAGCAAAAAAGUACUCUUAAGCUCCAGGUGGAAUAGCAAAGUUUAAUUUGGCAGUUUUCAAGGUUAUUACAUUUCAAAUGUCAUUCCUUAUUGUUACUUCUGGGAAUUUAUCUUAAAGAAAUGGGUAAAGUAUACAAUGGGUACCAAGAUCUUCACCUCAGUGUAUCCUCAGAUUUGGAAACCUCAAUAUUCGAUGAAGUAUAAUUUAACUUAUAGUACAACCACAUUUACAAGGACUAUUAGAUGAGAGCACCAAAUCCUAACCUCUAGACCACCAGGGAACUUACAAAGACUAUUAAAUGAAAUAAGAAAAUUCAAGUGUAGAAAAAAACUGUGCAUACUAUGAUCACUAUUUUUCAAUGAUUGUUUUUUUCUCUUAAAAGGAAGUAUCUGUUAACAGUGGUUAUUUCUAGGUAUGUGGAUCAUGAUAACUUCUAUUUUAAUACCUUGUACUAUCUGUUGCUAAAUUAUCUAUGCUUUUAAAAAAGUUAUAUAAAUAUAUAGACUUAAAUAUAAGACUUAAAUACAGACUCUUUGCAUCCAUGCCACUCAGUGUGCCUAGGACAACCAACAUCAGCAUAACAUCCCAGACCUACUUUCAAGUUUGAGAAGAAAUGCUUUUACAUCCAAAUAUUCUUUUCCUAGCCAAAAGUGUUUCAAAUCAUAAUAUCCACAAAGCUAAGGGCUUAUUAUACUGCCAAAAUUAACAGCCAUUAUUUUACUUUGAAAUCUAGAUUCUUAUCCCAACCAUAUUUUAACCUUGAGCAACUCAUUAAACACUUAUCUGCAGACUCCUAUGAAAUGAAACUAUUAACAGCCAAUUAAGAAGCCAGGCUUAACAGUAUUUUAAAUGAAAAUAAACACUUUGUGAAGAGAAUACAAGAGGAACCGUAAAAAUAUGAAAUUUCCCAAAACUGCCAUGAAGAAUUAAUACUGCCAGGAGCAAACGACUUUUAACCUGUUAAAUAUGAAGGUGCUAGACUUAAAAAGAAUUACUUCCCUUAAACUCAAAGGCGGGGUUUUUUUUUUUUUUCCCUGUGUUUCGAAAAUCUUAACCAAUUCAACCAAUCAUUGUAUUUACUGGAAACAUGUACUUAUGCAAACUUCCUGGACACUCCCAAGUCUACUAAGUUUAAUUAGGGAGGGCACAACUGUGUAACAUGGUAUUUUAGGAAGCAGCUUCCUGCACUUGGAGGAGUCAGAAUGUCUGUAGAUGGUGUGUGCCAUACACAGUCUUUUUUUUUUGAAGCACUAUUUAAGUUUGCUUCUCGUAGGUCAAUAUGAGUAAAUGCUCUGACAAAAGUCCUAUGGAUUUAUGAAGGUAGUACCCUUGGAUUACAUUUUCAAUUAUCCACAUCAUGUUUUCUUGUCACAUCUCUUUUGGAUUGAUAUAUGUUUUUGCAUACACUGACAUUUGUUCUGUAAGUUACACGUUAACAUAUAAAAGUAUGCUUUAAACCAGCCCAAAAUUUAGUUUCUUAAUCCUCUGAAAACCAAUCCACUGUCUGCCACCAUGAACAUAUAUACUUCAUUUCUCUCAUUUUAUCUUUACCUAACAACAAUAAAAUUAAAACCUGUUGUUCCCCAGUCCAAAUGCCAACACCAUGUCAGCUUAUUCGGCUAUCUCUUCAGUUUCUCUUGCAUUCACAACUCCCAAUUAUUUGCUAUGCUGUUCUAUUAGAUAAUCAUUAAUCCAAAUCAGUUGAUAGUACUUCAAAAGCCACCACCAUGAACACUGCA